AUGGAAAGGAAUGGAAUCAACCCGAGUGGAAUGGCAUGGAAUGGAAUGGAAUGGAAUGGAAUGGAAUGGAAUGGAAUGGAAUGGAUUCAACCCGAAUGGAAUGGAAAGGAAUGGAAUAAACCCGAGUGGAAUGGCAUGGAAUGGAGUGGAAUGGAAUGGAAUGGAAUGGAAUGGUAUGGAAUAGAAUGGAAUGGAACGAAAUGGAAUGGAAUGGAAUGGAAUAGAAUGGAAUGGAAUGGAAUGGAAUGGUUUCAACUCGAAUGGAAUGGAAAGGAAUGGAAUCACCCCGAGUGGAAUGGCAUGGAAUGGAAUGGAAUGGAAUGGAAUGGAAUGGAAUGGAAUGGAAUGGAAUAG